UCGGCUGGCCAGCGGCCGCACUCCAUACGAUUUUCGGGGAACGUGUGGAAAUGGGACAUAGGGGAGAAGGUGUUUUAUUUUGGACCCGGAAACUAUUUCACAAUGACCAAGUGGCUUGCCUAAUUGGAGCGUUUAGUGUCCUACGUUUAGACAGCCAUUAACUGCUGUCAUAUCUCGCCCAAUCAUCUCAUCAUUCAUCCCCGCACUCAUAUUUCCAUCCAAUCGCCGCCAGCCUACCGACAAAACACCUAGCGAAGACACACUCGUGCUCCGGCUACAACAAGAACAGCAGCAGCAGGAGAUAUGGCCACACGGGGGCCCUGUACACAUCUGGCGGCUGUAGCAGCAGCAGCGGCAGCGACCCCAAGCCAAAGCCAAUCGAAGGUCACGAUGACGGAUCCCCGGUUCCGGAUCCGUCCCCUGCAGCAAGUGGCCUCCGCCUGCAGCGGCGCCAUGGUAACCGCCUGCUUCAUGACCCCAUUAGAUGUGAUCAAGACCCGGCUGCAGGCCCAGCAACAGGCGCUGCUAUCGAAAAAGUGUUUCCUCUACUGCAACGGCCUCAUGGACCACAUUUGCCCCUGUGGCCCGGACACACCCAAUCCGGCAGCCGCGAAGCCGGCUCCCAGAUUUUCUGGCACCAUUGACGCAUUCAUCAAGAUUAGCCGCACCGAGGGCAUCGGCUCGCUGUGGUCGGGACUUAGCCCCACGCUCAUCUCGGCCCUGCCCUCGACCAUCAUUUACUUCGUGGCCUACGAACAGUUCAAGGCCCGCUUCACCGACAUCCACUACAAGUACCUGGGGCUGUGGAACGCAACACCAACAACAGCUGGCCAUGGCCGUGACAUUCCACUACCGAUACCGAUGCUGGUGCCCCUGCUGGCGGGCGUAACGGCCCGCAUUUUGGCCGUCACCUGUGUCAGUCCCGUCGAGCUGAUUCGCACCAAGAUGCAGUCGCAGCGGAUGACGCACGCCGAGAUGUUUGGCACCAUACGCCAGGUGGUGCAGUCGCAGGGCGUGUUGGGCCUGUGGCGCGGUUUGCCGCCGACGAUACUGCGCGACGUGCCCUUCUCGGGCAUAUACUGGACCUGCUACGAGUACCUCAAGAGCUCCUUUGGCGUGGUGGAGCCAACGUUUGGCUUCAGCUUUGCGGCCGGAGCCAUAUCGGGAUCGGUGGCCGCCACCAUUACCACGCCGUUUGAUGUGGUGAAAACGCACGAGCAGAUCGAAUUCGGCGAGAAGUUCAUAUUCUCAGGUAGGCCCCUUGCCGUGCAGAUUGCUGCCGCCAGCUCCCACACACACAUUGACAAUGGUUCGAUUUGCAUUACGGCAGAUAAUCCACCCAAGCAGGUGGCCACCAAGUCGGUGGCUGAGCGCCUGGUCAGCAUUUAUCGCCUGGGCGGAGUUUCUGCAAUUUUCGCUGGACUCGGGCCGCGUCUCUUCAAGGUGGCGCCCGCGUGUGCCAUAAUGAUUUCGUCCUUCGAGUAUGGCAAGUCCUUUUUCUACCACUACAACAUUGACCAGCACAAGCGACAGGCUGAGGCAGAGCCUCCGGAUGUAUGAAUCGCGCCAACGGGAGCUCUCCCAACCACGUUGAUCGAUGUAAAUAUGUAAAUUAAAGGCCGGAGGUUGACAGGUAAUCGGCAAGCAGGCAUAGUCUGCGGGCGGAUACGGUCUGCUCAGUUGCUGGGGCUUCGUUUUGGCAAUUGGUAAAUUGUAAAGUGAAAUAAAAUUAUUGUUUUUCAACCGACAAGUCGGCCAUGGCCAUGCCCAUUCCCAUUCCCAAACCAAAGAUUUCGAUUCUCCAGCUAUACUGGCCAGUCUGGAUUUACUUAGCUUAAGUCCUAGCGCAAUCGAGAGGCAACUGGUCAUCAUAUUUAUCACGAAACACGAUUUUUUUUUAUUUUGCAACUUCCAAGGGGAACUUGGCUCCCUUUCCAUAAUCUUAGGAGGCCAGGAAAUCGCACAUUAACCACCUUAUUGGUUACACAAAUGGGCUUCUUUGUUGUUCAUCCUGUUAAAAAUAAAAUAAAUCGUUUUUAAAUGAA